CAGUACCUCCCAGUAAUGGCUUCAUAUCCUGUUGUGCAACUUUCUGGAGCCUCUAGGUCAGAAUGUCCCAGGCACCACCGUGGCUGUUGGGGUUGGUGCACAUGAAGGAUGAAGAAGGCUGGGCUCUGGGGGCUGCUGUGGAUGGUCUUCAUCUCAGAACUCCAAGCUGAAAAUGAAUCAACAGAAGAAAAAUUUAUAAAAGAGGGGGAGACCCUGAAUGUAAAUUGUCCCUUCUCCACCGAGAAGUACUCCUACAGCCAGAAAGCUUGGCAGAAGCUGAUAGAUGGAAGGAAGCCUGUGACGCUGGCCUUAACAACGAGUACUUCAGGCAAUCCUAGUCAAGUCCGGGAGGGCAGGUACUUCCUAGAAGACAUCCCCAGUGAGGCCAUCCUGCACGUCCAAAUGACCAAUCUUCAAGUGGAGGAUUCAGGAUUGUAUCGGUGUGUGAUCUACUACCUUUCCAAAGAGCCGGAUGUCCUGUCCCCCCUUUUCCACCUGGUGGUGAUCAAGGAUCCUUUAAGCACCGCUGCCUCGGAUAAGAAUCAUACCUGGAAACUGCAGAUUUCCACCUUUCCUCCUACCACCACCAGAGCCCAGGGCACUCUUGUUGACAGACCCAGGACUGUGACCAAACUCCCGCCCAAAUCAACUGCUGACCUCUCCUCUCCUGGCUUUGGAGUCAACAUCACAAAUGUGACAGAUGUCACCAGCUAUGUUUUCAGGAUUCCAAGCUGUAGGCGAAGAAGAGAAACAAAAGUGACUGCUAGAUGGAGAGACCUUGACCACAGCCUGCUCUUAAAGUGUCAUGCUCUACUCCAGCCUGAAGGGCUGGCAGCGGGCAAGGCAGCCUCCUGGAGUGUCCUCAGGACACAGCACACCCAGGGAAGCAGACUUAACCUUCCAGGAGCUGACGGGCAUGCCUUCCUCCCCUAACAAAUACCACACUCCACUCUGUUCAGUGGUAAAUAAGAGGCUUCCUGAACUUCUCUUGUGAGAUCUCUGCCCAGCCCCUCUCUUACCCAGAGGGAGAAAAGCAGUACCAGGUGGGGGAGCGUGGAGGGCUGGGUGCAAAGAAACCCAGGCGGAGUCAAGACCAAGGGCAUGGCAAUUGAUUUCUGUGUUAAGUACAACAACUGGGACUCACAAAGUGUAAUUCAGAUGACACUUAUAUUUGUCCUCUUACUGCCGUCCAGCCUUGCUUGGCUAGAGACCUCAUUGGCCCCCUGCUAAAGCCUAUGGCAAGACCAUCACUCUUCUGGGCAUUAAAAAAAAUAGACUUUAUUUUUGAGAGCAGUUUUAGGUUCCCAGAAAAACUGAGUAGACGGUACAGUGUUCCGCUCUAACCCCUGCCCACCCCUCCAUACGCCACUUCCCCCGCCAUGGACAUCGUGUCCCUGAGUGGUAGAAUCAAUGAAUCUACAUGGACACAUCAGUGCCACCCAAAGCCCAUAGAUCACCUUAGGGCUCACGCUUGGCGUUGUCCAUGCUAUGGGUUUGGACAAAUGUGCACUGACAUGUACCCACAGCUGGAGUACCACACAGAGUAGUUCCACUCCCUUCAAACCCCUCUGUGCUCUGUCUAUUCAUCCACGCCCUUCUGGGCAUUUCUAAACAAUAUAAAGUUUAUUCCCAAGCUAGCUUCAGUUCAGUCAACCGACUGACUUACCCAGGCACCCGAUACACAUUUCAUUCUAUUAUAUAAUAGAAUAUAAUGUGCACUUUAGUGGAAAACUGCAUUGUCUCUAGCACACUCUCCCUUGGGUUCUCUGUUUCUGAUUCUGUGGGAGCUAUUUUAUAGUUAUGUAAGUUGUAGGUAAGUGACAGACAUGCAGAUUCUGUCCUUUUCUUCCUUCCCCUGCUGUGGAUGGAGGUGGGGGAGGGGCGGGAAUAAACACCAAACUGGUUUGUUUCCCCUUGCAAUUCAACAUUGCUUUCCUCCAUAUAAAUAUAUGCUUCUUGACUUCCUUUUCUAACCAGAUCUAACAUCUGUCUGGUUCACUCACUGAAUAUGAGUUUAAAAGAAUCUUUAAUGCAUGUUUAUUUUUAUUUAUAUUUUAAAAUAUUUAUUUAUUUAUUUAUUUAUUUAUUUAUUUAUUUAUUUUGAGAGAGAAAGUGCAUGUGUGCAUAUGUGCAUGAGCGGGGGAGGGACAGAGAGAGAGGGAGAGAGGGAAUCUCUCUGUGAUGUCAGCGCAGAGUCCCACGGGCUGAAUCUCAUGAAGUGUGAGGUCAUGACCUGAGCUGAUCCAGGUUGGAUCCUUAACUGACUGAGCCACCCAGGUGCCCCAACGCAUGUUUGUUUUUAACUGUAGUUUUGAAAGCUAUAACUCUGUUUAUAAAUUUCACUCAAUCUUGCUUCUGACCCUGUCCUUGUUACUCUAGGUAAAUCUAAAUCUUUGAUUUUUUUUAAUUUUUAUUGCUAUGUAUGAUUCCAUUGUGUUGAAACACACCCAUAUAUGUUGUCGCCUGAUUACCGCACAGGUGCCUCUGAUUCAGUGGCAAAGGUUGGUCUUCCCAAUAGAUGGUGAUGGUUUAUGGGAUAGUCACCUGGGGUGGGCGGUGGGGGGGGGGGAAGGCUUUUACCUUUCUCUCACACCAUACACAAAAUUAACUAAAAUGGAUCAUAGACAUAAAAAUGAAAGGUAUAAACAAUAAAGCUUCUAAAAGAAAACAGAAAAUAUGACCUUAGAGUGGGCAAAUAUUUCCUAAACAGGACACAAACAAUAGUAACCACGAUAGAGUAUGCAUUCAGGAGUUGGACACUGAAUGUAGGAUAGUCACACAUUUAUUCCACGUGGAAGUUCCAGAACUUUCUCACAUUUUCAUCAAUACUGAAUCUUACUCAACUUCCUAGUUCCUGCCAGUCUGCUGAGUACAAAGUGAAAGCUCAGUGUUUUCACUUGAGUGUUUCUCUGAUAACUCUGAUAACUAAUGAGGUCAAACAUCUAUCCGUGGGCUUCUUAGGCAUUUGGAUUUUUACUGUUUUACAACACUUUCUUCUGAUCAUUUUGCUGUUGAACUUCCUUUCUCCUGCUUGCUGAUUCUUUAAAAAAAUUUUUUUUUAAUGUUUAUUUAUUUUUGAGACAGCACGAGCAGGGAAGGGGCAGAGAGGGAGACACAGAAUCCAAAGCAGGUGCCAGGCUCUGGGCUGUCAGCACAGAACCCGAUGCCCAGCUCGAACUCAACAGACCGCGAGAUCAUGACCUGAGUUGAAGCUCAACCGACUGAGCCACCCAGAUGCCCCAUGUUCUGCUUGCUGAAUCUUAAUAACCUCUUGGCUCAUUUAGAUAUUCAUUCAUAGUCAGUUGUAGACACUGCAAAUAGCUUCCCUCAGGCUCUCAUCUGUUACCUGGCAACACACAUCAAGCCAAGCCCAGGCCCAAGCCUCAGUGAUUUGGUGCAGAAGAUACAAUGAGCCGUGGGGCACCUGGGUAGCUCAGUUGGUCAGGCAUCUGACUUCGGCUCAGAUCAUGAUCUUGCAGUCUGUGAGUUUGAGUCCCGCGUCGGGUUCUGUGCUGACAGCCCCGGAGUCUGGAGCCUGCUUCAGAUUCUAGGUCUCCUCCUUUCUCUGCCCCUCCCAUGCUCAUGCUCUGUCUCUCCAUAAUAAAGAAAUGUUAAAAAAAAUUAAAAAAAAAA